GGCGAGAGCAGCACCAAAAAAACAAUAGACGAGAAAUCUCUGUUAUGGAUGUGAAAAUAACGGGAGUAGACGUUUCAGUCACAUUUUAGUAAUAAAAAAUGUCUAAACUGCAGUUUUUGAACGUUUUUCUUACAGACAGAUUAACUUUAGCUGCCCAGGAGAUAUUUAAGGCUGUGGAAGAUAUCUUCUCGGAGUACAAUGAGGAGAUCUGUCGCUCGAGAAAGGAGAUCGAGCUGCUGAGGAGGAGACUGCAGCAGGCUGGACUUCCGCUGGACUCUGAAACACAGUCCUGCUCCAAUGGGACCCGAGGUACUCCGGCAUUAUCAGAAGAGCAACUGAGAUGUGAAGAAGAUAGGAAGGAUACAGAGGUGCAAAUAAAACUUGAGCUGUACACAGAGGAGGAGGAUAAUGGAGUCCAGACAUCUGUGUGUAAUGGAUCCCCAAGUUUAUUGCCAUGUAUGGACACAGAUGACGAUCAGAUGGCCUGCAAAGACAUCGAAGCUCAAAUGAUAGAUAACAGUGAGAAUGAUUUUCCCUUCGUUUACCAAGAUGUUCAGAUUAAGAAUGAACCUGAGCUUCAUGCUGAAUCAGGAAGCACCUUCACAAGACACAGCUCAGAUGAUCCAGGGCUGCCCUUCAGAGACCAAGAGAUGUUGACGCAGCAUAGGAUGGAAUUGGCCGAAAUAAACGAGAGUCUUCUGACUUCUCCAAUCCAACUGAAAAUUAUUACUGGACCGCAAAGCUCACAGAGGGUGAUCCUGCAGUAUGGCAUGCCCACUUCUGUUCCCGAUCUGUCAAAAGAAAUUAAAAAACAGUGUAAUCUACAAGGAAAUUUCAGAUUACAAUACAUGGAUCCUGAAUUUGACAAUGAAUUUUUCAAUCUCGAGUCCAUGUCUGAGAUUCAAGACAGAAGUACAUUGAAAGUGGUAUGUCUGACAAAAUCAAGUGACUGUGACAAUUCACCCAUACCAUAUGUGGCCACAUCUCAAAGUGGAAGUGCCUGCUCUUUACCAGCUUUGUCACUUUCAUCCUGCGAUGCACUUUUGUCACCUCCAUCUACUUCAGCAAACUUUGACUGUUUUGCAAGUGUGUUUCAUCAGCCAUCUUCCAGUAUAAAGUCCUCUGCAUGGCCACCGGUUUUCACAGUGCCCCGUUUCGCAUAUGAUGCCGAACUUAAAUUAGAACAAGGUAAUGCAAUCUUCAACAGACAGGGCAUCUAUCUCAGUCCUGACCCAAAGCUGAAGAUCUCAAUUCUGGACGGUCUCGCAGAAGAAAUAGUCAAAUACAAAGUCUACCCUUCAGAUGCCGAAUACACUCAGGUGGCUGAAGCACUCAUUAAAAAGCAUCCUUGCUUAAAAGAGAGAGGUUCUGUAAAUGGAUACAGCGGAUGGAAAACCAGUUUAAAAUAUAAACUCGGCAACUACAGAGCAAAACUAAGACACAUCGGCUGUGCAGAAGUUAUCGUUAACUCCCUCAAGCACAAACCAGAUGGGAUUUCCAGUCCUGCAUACCAGGUGAAAAAACCUCGCAAAGCUGAGGUGAACUACUGCCCUUCUCUUCCACAAGGGGAAACACCCGAAUCUCUUGAAGCAGUCAGAGUAACGCUUCUCUCUGAAAUACAAAAGAAGAACAAUGAGGUAAAUGUAAGGAUGCUGAUGGACAAGAGCUUUUCAAUUCGGAGGCACGAGGUGGUCAAGGAUUCACCUCUUAUAGCAAACUUCAAGGACAGAUGGCCUGCUCUUUUCAGAAUGGAAGAGAUUUGUGCAGAAUUUGAGAGGAUAACAACAGUCCCACUGGUUUCUACUUUCUUUGCUAAAAUGGAUAAAUACUCUGCAAAACUUAUGAAGUUGUUCGCAAAGCGAGGAGGAGUUUAUGGACAACGGAUUAAAAACCUACUGAUUACCACAACACUGACUGACAACAUUGAUGUGAGGAGAGAGUGUGUGCUCCGAUCUCUCAGUUUGUACCUGAACGAAGAGCCUAGCGGUUUCAUUAGGGAGUAUAUGGAUACAGAUGUAGUCAGUACUGAGGAGGCGAUCCAAAACACUCUGCUUGGAGUGUUUGUUAUCAAAGUGAAAGGUUCAAACAUCGAAGACCGCCCAGCAAAUGUUGGAGUGGUAUUGGAGGGUCUGAGAGUUCUUGAGGGGCUCAACAGUGUAACACAUGCCACAGUCAUGUUGAUGGGACUAAUUUAUGCUCUCAAUUUGAGCUACCCUCUUGAACUUCGGUACACUUUUGAAAUAAUGCAGAAGUUAUUUCUUGAGCUAGAUGGCCACCGGCUGUCUAGUAAAGUGCAAAUGCUGAAGACCAAACUGUUUUCAGAUGUGUUCGAGUAAGGACAGUUGUGUUUCCUUGCAUUUAUAUGCCAUGUUUUAGAAAAUGGCAGUAGUUUAAGAUGUACAAACAUUAUGCAAUUUCUUGUGAUGUAGUGAUCUCAGUUUUGUAAUGUUGUUACAGUCUUGAUCAUUUGUUCUUAUCCUGAGUUGUUAAAAACUGUGCAGGGUACCUACUGUAAAUGGUGCUAAAUGCAUAAUUUGUAUAUAAACGUUAUUGUUUUGUAUGUGGUUACAGUUUUGUUCAAUUGUAAUCAUCCAAGGUUGUUGAACAAACUUUGCAAGCUUAUUGCAGGCUUGCCUAAAGAGUGCUGAAUGCAUCUAAUUUGGCAGUAAAUUUGACUGUUUUGUAAUGCGGUUAUACAGUAAUGUUUAAUUAUAUAAAAAAAUUAUUCAAAUCUUAGGAAGAUUAAUGUAAGCAGGUGCUGAGUGCUAGAUUUUGUUACUAAAUGUUACAUUUAGGUUCAGUUGUAUCUGUAAUUUACAAUAAACGGUGCUUUUA